ACAAAACAUGUUCGUCGAGAUGUUUCAGCUUCUAUUCACGAUCGUAUCAAUCGAAGCCGUCCUGAUUUUAACACUCGGGUUCGGGACACCAGCGAGAAGAGUGGUAGUGAAAUUGCUAGACAUAUCAAAGCAAGGUCGAGGACCACUGGUUGCGAAAACGGUCGCAGCCACUAUGCUUGUGUUGUUUGGCUCGGUUAUGUACAGCACGAUUCAAAUCAACACAAGGGUCUCCGAAUCUGGUGGUGUAGCAAACUCGACCGAUCAAGUCAUGUUUGCAAAUCGCCUCCUCGAAGCUUUCCUCAUGGGUAAACAUAUCAGCAUAAAAACACCAUACAUAUAUAUGUCAUUCAUACACCAUUUUCUUGUGUGAUUGAUAUUUAUCUAUAAAGAUUCUUGAUUUUUUUUCUU